GAGAAAUGAAACUCAAGGCCCAAAACUUCGCUUAGAGGUAAAAAGAAGCCCAAAACCUCAUCGUCAACACAUUCACAGGCACAUAUAAAUCCUUUCUCACCCCGCAGCCACCUCAAAAUUAGGGUUUACGAUCUGCUCCAAUGGGUAAGGGUACUGGCAGUUUCGGUAAGCGUAGGAACAAGACCCACACCCUCUGUGUCAGGUGUGGCCGCCGCAGCUUCCACCUCCAGAAGAGUCGCUGCGCCGCCUGCGCCUUCCCCGCUGCACGCAAGAGGAAGUAUAACUGGAGUGUGAAGGCCAUUAGGAGAAAGACCACUGGCACUGGAAGAAUGAGGUACUUGCGUAACGUGCCUCGCAGGUUCAAGAGCGGUUUCAGAGAAGGUACUGAAGCUGCACCCAGGAACAAGGGAGCAGCUGCAUCUACCUAAGCCUGUGAAAGAUCCCUUUUUGCUGGGCUAAUGAAUUAUAGGAGUUAAGGUUUUUGUUUUUUAUGUUGGGAUCAGACUCUAUGGAGCAUUAUUCGAUCUGUCAUUUUCAUUUCCUUUUAAUAUGUAGCUGUUUUAUGUUUCAAGAUGAUGAGAAUUGUAAGACAUUUUUGCUUGUUCAAUGAGAGUUUUUGACAUUGAUAA